AAAAAAGAUAGAGGCUUUAUUUGCAAAAGGGUGCAGAGAUUGCAGAAAAAAUGGCUCACUUUGUUAUGCAAGUUCCAAACAGCUUGAGAAGCUUCACUGUUUCUGCUUCUCUUUCAUCCAAUGGGUCUACUCCCUUGAGUUCUGGGGGGAGCAGUGGAGGUGGUGGUGGGCCAGUGAUACUGGAGCUUCCUCUGGAUAAGAUAAGGCGGCCAUUGAUGAGAACCAGAAGUAACGAUCCAAACAAGGUUCAAGAGCUCAUGGAUAGCAUCCAAGAAAUUGGUCUUCAAGUACCUAUUGAUGUGCUUGAGGUCGAUGGAGUUUAUUAUGGUUUCUCUGGUUGUCAUCGCUACGAGGCUCACCAGCGCCUUGGGCUCCCCACAAUACGUUGCAAAAUUAGACGUGGAACAAAAGAAACUCUCAGGCAUCACCUCCGCUGACUCUCUGUGGGUAGUCUGUCGGAGUGAAUUUGCAGCAUUUACCAAGUUAAUCAGCUAUGGCAUCGAUUAUCUUGUGCCUCCACUUGUUUAUACAAAAUCUUGUCAAUAAUAUGUAUUGUUUACAAGGUUUACUCUUUGUGGAAGCUGCUGUUAUCCAUAAUGUCAAUGCAAAUCUUUGUUGCUUGGUUC